AUAUGUUUCAAAAAAAAGAGGAACGUAUAUAUACUGAUCGGAGCCUGCCUGCCUGACCCGAGUAAAUUGUAUGAGCUCCAAUGGCGGAAGAAGAUGAUGAUUACUUGGGCGACCUCUCUCGUUUUCUACCUCCCGAAGCUUCUCUCCCUCCCAAAAAGGUUGCUACUAGUACUAGUAAUAAAGUCCCAAUUUUACAGACUUCAAAUAAGAGACCCAAAACAUUAAACUGGCAAGAACAUCGAAAAUUAAAGAGAGAAAAGCAACAGAAAGUAGAGGACCAGCUAACCCUAGCUAACAUAGAAUCAGCUAUUCCCCAAUCCAACAUUGGGUUCAAGAUGUUAAGGCAAAUGGGUUACACCCCUGGUUCGGCUCUCGGGAAAGAGGGGUCGGGUAUUGCUGAGCCGGUGGGGAUUGAGAUUAGGCGGGGGCGGGGCGGGUUAGGAAGGGAGGAUCCUGAGACGGAGAAGAUGAAGAGAGAGGAGAAGAGGGUUUUUAGAGAGAGGGUGAAUGAGCAGGAGUUGAUGGCGGAGUUUGGGAGUAGGCAGAAGGAGCAGUGGCGGAGUAAGAGGGUUGUGAUUAAUUUUAAGAAAGGGAAGGCGGCUUUGGAUCAGUUGGAGAAUAAGGAGGUUGUGGUGGAAGAGAAGGAGGAGGGUGAUGAGAAGGAUGGCGAUGAAGAGGAGGAAGAAGAGGAAGUCAUUACAGAGGAGGAUCUGAAAGAUGUUUUGAUGAAGCUAAGAGAUGAAUUCCGCUACUGCCUCUUUUGCGGAUAUCAGUAUGAAUCAAUGGAGGCUCUCAAUUCCAAUUGCCCUGGGAUCGAUGAAGAUGACCACUAAAUUUAGUUAUAUGUCUUGAUAUGCUCAGCACCACAACCUCAAAACUGCAAGAAUAUAAAGAGACAUCAACUUGCAGAUGAUGCUGAUCCACCAAGGUUCAUAAAGGGUCAUGGUCUUAUUGCAAGUCAAUUCCUAUCUGAUAGUAGUACAAAGCCGGAUCUGUAAAGGGGGGGCAUCAAAGAUAGAGCUGUAUAACAAGUACUUUUCAGGAGGAAUACACGUGCUUAAGGCAUUCAAAUAUCUCUUGUUUAACCGUGAAAUGCAAAUUAUUUCUUGAAACACAAGUGGUGUGAAUAUUGGAGCUCCUGUGUUAUUUAUAUGCACUGCAUAUAAAUUUGGAAAAACAGUUUCCGAGUUUACAAUUAUAAUAGAUUUAAUGAUAUAUCUUCUUUAAGAUAUUCUGAUCUUGAACUCAUUCUGGUGACGUCGAAGGCAUACUGGAGUAACUGAUUCUAGGGAGGUUUUGUUUAAAUUAAAAGAUUUACAUCAUGUACAAUGAAGUUUAGAUCUCUGUGUUCUACUGUUUUGAACUUAUGAUAGUAUUUUUCAGAGGUAUACAGAGAAAAGAGAUCUUUUACAGCA